AUGCUGCUCAAGACGCUCGCGGCGCUCGCGCUCCUAUUCUCCGCCUCUGCCGUCCCCGGCUCGGAGUGGGGCGGCGACCACUCUCCCGCUCACGCUGUCGCUCCCGCGACCAUGCACGCGAACGCCAAGACCCCCACGGCCCGCCUCUGCACCGAGGAGUUCUCGCCCAACGGCCAAUACAUCGACCACGGCUGCGGCAUCGCGAUCCAAACCCACCGCAAGCGGUACAGCGGCGUGCUGUGCGUGCGCACGCAUGCGGACACCAAGGAGGGCGACGACGUCUUCCUCGCGCCGUGCGAGGCGCUCACGACCUCGGGCGGGAGGUGGGACAUGCUCCUCGGCUCGACGUCCAUUCGCAACAUGCAGGCCAGCGAGCCGGGAUACUGCCUCGCGGCGUCUUCGGACCGGACCCGCGUCGUCAUGGCCAAGUGCAAGGACUGCGAGGACCAGAGGUGGUUCACAUCCCUCAGCGAUGGAUAUGUGGGCAAGAUUCAGUGGGGCGGCCCCGAGAGUAACCUCUGCCUUGCCAAUCCUGGGUCUGGGCGUAAUGUUCGCGAGCUCAAGCUCGACUGGUGUAAUGACUUCCCCGGGCAGGUGUGGGAGAUGAGCCAGCUCGGUGAGGCGACGGGAUAG